AUGAAAUACGGAUCGCGUUUACAGAUAGUUUGCCUGGCGUGCGUAGCAGUGCUCUUUGGGGCGCACAGGGCACUUGGGUGGGAGCUAUCACACGAGGAAUACCACGCAGCGCAUCUGAAUGAGCUUAUCAACCUAGAAGAGGGCCCUAAAAACUUGCUUUUGCCGUUCAAUAGGACGCGCAUUCCCGGGUCGGAGGGCUCGCGCGAUGUCCAGCGGUUCAUUAUCGAGCACUUCAACACGACGCUGGCGGGUGAGUGGGCGGUGGAGACGCAACCGUUCGAGGAAAACGGGUACCGCUUCAACAACCUCGUCAUGACGUUGCAGAACAACGCCUCCGAGUUUCUGGUGCUUGCCGCACACUACGACACCAAGAUCGUCCCCACAGGGAUGGUGGGCGCCAUCGACAGCGCGGCCUCGUGUGCCGCGCUGCUGUAUACAGCGCAGUUUCUAACACACAUCGCGCGCCACGAGCGGGCAAACCAGUACAGCAAACUGGAUGUAGACCCGGUAAUAACAGGCUCUACAUUGGGCGUCAAGAUCGUGUUUUUUGACGGCGAAGAGGCAAUCGAAGAGUGGGGGCCGGAGGACUCAAUAUACGGGGCACGGCGGCUAGCCGCCCAAUGGCUCGCUGACGGCACGAUGGCACGGGUCCGCCUGCUACUGCUCAUGGACCUACUGGGAAGCGGUGAGGAGGAGCCGAUGGUGCCCAGUUACUAUGCAAACUCGCACCAGGACUACCAGUUGCUGAACCGGAUCGAGGACGAUUUGCUGUUCGCGCGCGACGAUGGCUCCACGGCGCAGUCGCCACUAGCCGCCGAAGUCGCGCGCCAGCGCAAACUCCUUGACCCGACGGACUAUCGGUUCGUCGGGCUCGGCUACUCUGUCGUUGGAGACGACCAUACUCCGUUCCUGGCCGCAGGGGUGCCUGUGCUGCACGCAAUCCCGCUGCCGUUCCCCAGCACAUGGCACACCGUGCAGGACGACUUCCAGCACUUGGACGCCGCGGAGACCCGUCACUGGACGCUGCUGGUGUGCGAGUUUGUUGUGCAGUCUCUGCGUUUCCGUGCUCAGUGA